AUGGCCGGUCCAUCGAUUCAGGAUCGCACAGGCGAGUUCCACGCCAUCCUCGGUCAAGCCCAGAAACGCCUCGCGACUUCCAAGGUCGGCUCACAACGCCAGGCGUUGCUCUCGGAUUCGCAACGGAGACAGGCACAUGGAGAUCCAGAUGGGCAGGCGCAUGGCAAAAGAUCCCGGUCGGAGUUUGCCAAAAGAGCAGCGGAGAUUGGACGGGGAAUCACAGCGACAACGGCCAAGUUACAACGAUUGGCUGAGUUGGCCAAGCGAAAGACACUCUUCGACGAUAGACCCGUCGAAAUCUCCGAGUUGACCUACGUCAUCAAGCAGGACCUGGCGUCACUGAACCAGCAGAUCGCUUCUCUGCAGGCGCUCACAUUAUCGCAACAUCCAAAAUCCAAUCGCUCAAAGGCAGAUCAGGAGGGGGAGCACAAUGACAACGUCGUGGUUUUACUGCAGGGAAAGUUGGCGGAUGUCGGCGCGAAUUUCAAGGAAGUCCUCGAGGUGCGGACGAAGAAUAUUCAAGCGUCGCGAUCCCGGACAGAAAACUUCGUUUCAUCGGUCUCGUCAAAGUCUCAAGCCUUAGAACCGCAACGGUCCGAUUCUCCACUGUACAACCCCUCCGGGCGUCGGACACCCCAACCCGGCUUCCAGGGCGGAUCUUCCGACCUCCUAACCCUUGAUCCCGCAAAUCCCUCACCCCUAGGGCGGCCAUCUUUCCAAACAGAUCAGCAGCUAUUGGCCAUGGAGGAGGCGCAGACAAACAACACGUAUAUCCAAGCCCGAGGCGAAGCGAUCGACGCCAUCGAGCGCACCAUCAGCGAGCUCGGUGGGAUCUUCGGCCAGCUCGCGCAGAUGGUCAGCGAGCAGUCUGAGAUGAUCCAGCGCAUCGAUGCCAACACGGAAGAUGUGGUAGAUAAUGUUGAGGGAGCGCAACGGGAAUUAAUGAAGUAUUGGAGCCGCGUCUCGGGUAACCGAUGGUUGAUCGCCAAAAUGUUUGGCGUCCUAAUGAUUUUCUUCCUUCUUUGGGUGUUGAUAGCAGGAUAG